AUUAUUUUUCACAAUGGGCGGAUUUCUCUCUUGGAGGAGAUCCACGGCUCAAACACCAAUAGUCGAUGUCGGGGAUCGAUUUAAAAAUGCUGGUUAUAACAAUUUCCGAGGUCUUAUUGGUUUCUUUCCGCCAGUGAUCAUUUUACCAUGGUUUUUCGAAUUGGGACAUCACGACAAAACAGUGAUACUUAUGUGGGUGUGCAUGAUAUGGAUGUUCUUUUGGCAACCGACGAGUAUUCAGGCAUGUGGAUUGAUACCACUGUUUGUGCUUCCAAUGUGUGGUGUGAUGGGAAGUGUUGCUGUUUGUCAUUGCUAUUUUAAUGAUAUCACAGGUCUAUUUCUAGUAGGCAGUAUGGUACAUUUACUUAUGAACAACGCUGGCGUGGAUCGAAGAAUUGCUCUCUGGUUUCUUUGUUCCGGUAACUCAAGUCAAUUUACUGCAAACAGACUUGUUUACAAGGCUAGCACAGCGGCAUUUUUACUGUCAGCAGUUUGUAAUAAGUUUAUUGUGACAUCAAAUCUUAUAGACAUAAUGACAGUUGUUUUGACAAAUUUACAGGGGAAAUCAAAAAGCGGCACGAAUUUUAAGAAUUUGAAAUAUGUCAUGAACAAUGCGAUUCAAACAGCCUCUUCUAUUGGUAGCAUUUGUAUCACACAUGCGUCGUAUGCCACGUUGUUUUUCCGCGGCAUUUGGAGUGUGAGUGGCCCAAGAGGCAUGGAGUUCCCUGAUAUUUUUAACUAUUUGCAGUAUUGCUGCUAUGCCAUUCCUACAGCUUUGGUUAUGUUCUUGUGUAACGUAUUUUAUCACAUGUCACUUAUCAUCAGGAGUACCGGUGCACCUUUUAGUGAUAAUGAUAUGGUUGAAGUUAAGAAAUUGUUACUUGAACAUAAGAAGAUUUUGCCGCCUAAAAUCGGCACGCAUGAAAAGCUGGCUGUAUUCUUCACAACAUUGUUAAUGCUGACUUUUAUUUUCCGCUGGUGUGUAUGGUUAAAUAUGGGUUGGUCAACAUUUCGAAGAGAAGCAAUAUCACCGUCUAUUCCUGGUAUCAAAGACGCUACAGUUGCAGCAAUAUUCUUUAUGGCACUACAUUUACUACCAAGGACAUGCGGAUUCAUGAGAUUUCUAAGCGCUAAAAGAAAAAGUCAACUGACAAUGAAGCCAGAAUCUGCGAUUCUUUUUUGGCGUUUUGUUAACAAACACACAAAUUAUGGAUACUUCUUUUUGCUUGGUUCGGGCGUUGCAUUGAAUAUAGCAAUACGUGAUACUGGCCUAGACACGGAAAUAUCGGCAGGUUCAGGGAAAUUAUUAACAGAUUACGCUUGGUGCUUGUCACUUUUCAUUGUUGUGUUCAUCGCAAUCUUCUUAGCCAAUAUGAUGCCUGGCGUCGCUUCCUGUUGCAUAUUUUUACCCUUUGUUAUCAAUAUGUCCGUCGCACCAGAUGCCCCGGUGCCAUGGCCAAAGAGAGUUUAUAUCGGUGCCCUCGGCGUGGGCGUAGCCAGUUCAAUGACAUUUAUGAGCCCAUUUCUUUAUACACCAGCAUAUUUUUGUAAUACAACUGGAAAAGUUCCUAAGUCGGUUAUGGCUAAAUACUCCUUCCUCAGUGUGAUUAUUUGUGGCAUUAUUAUAUGGUUGUCUUUAUGCUAUUGGGCACCCAUAGUGUGGGAUCCAACUGGUGAGGGAAUUUCGCCUGUAAUUAGGCCAGGCGGUAAUAAUACCUCCUUGCUGUAGAAAAUAAAAAUAAAUCCUACAAAAAAGAAGCUACAAAACUAUCAUUCGUUCCAAGUAAUUAUUGUAUUAUAGUUGUCUUGUUUAUUUAAUUUAAUUCGUGAAGGCGAUCUAUUUUUUAUAAGAAAAACUGCGGCGUACGAAGUUAAGGCCAAUGUUGCUUUUUUUACGUGGCAACUUUUUUAAUAUUUUUUAAUGGCACACACAAUGGUUAAAAAUACUGCGGAUGAUUGUACAAGCCGUAUAUGGAUAGUUCCAAUCGUCUUGAUGAAGUUAACUCGGAAUUUAAGGUAUCCAGCUCUUUACUUAUUUGUACUUGUAUCAUGUAGGUUUAGGAAAGCUUUCAGGUCGUCCAAAUUUGUGUCUACGAGUUUCAUCAUCUCCCCUGCCUUAUCCUACUCCCGUAGGGUCGGCGCACCGGGUUUUCGUCCUCCAAAGCAAUUUCAAAAAUAUGUUUAAAUUUAUAUUUAUAUUUUAUAUUGUCUACGAGUUUAUAGUUGGAUAUCUUAAAUAUAGUUAAUCUUAUCUAAUUGUUUAUUAAAAUAUCUAGAUUUAGUAACAAUGUUCGGGUUAAUAACUUCAAUUAACUUCAUUAUGGAAAAUGUUUUAAUUAUUUUGUACUUGAUAAUAAGUGGAUUUAAGAAGAAUUAAGAAACGCCUGCAUGAAUAAAAAUAAGUCAUGUAAUUUGUUAUAGAAUUGAAUAUUAGUUAAUACGUUUGUGUAUAAGUUCGUGGAAUUAUUCGUUUGUUAGUUUU